AGUCCAGUUUUGAAGGGAAAAAAACCCUAACAUUUGGGGAAAAAGGUAUCCCAUAUACAGCAGAAUUGAAAGAGAAGAGAAGACUCAAUUCUCAAUCCCUAUUGGUUCUUAUACUUCCGCAGAUUUACUUACAAGUUUCUCUGAUCAGCAGUUCUCAAGCCAUGGAUGAAAAUCAGAAGAAAGAAGAAGAAAAUCCAAACCCAGAUUUAUAUGACUGGGGUUUGAAAGAUUUCGAUAUUGGAAAACCUCUUGGCAAAGGUAAAUUUGGGAGAGUUUAUAUGGCAAGAGAAAAAAAGCAUCAGUAUGUUUGCGCAUUGAAAGUAUUAUAUAGAUGUCAAGUAGAGAAAUACAAUCUACUUCCUCAACUCAAGAGAGAAAUGGAAAUUCAGAGUACAUUAGAUCAUCCGAACAUUCUUAGUCUCUAUGGUUGGUUUGGUGAUGAUGAAAGGAUUUUCCUGAUUCUUGAAUAUGCUGCUAAAGGUGAACUUUACGGUUUACUUAGUAAAACUGGUCAUCUGACUGAGAGACAAGCUGCUACUUACAUUGCAAGCCUUGCAAAAGCAUUGGCUUACUGCCAUGAGAAGAAUAUCAUUCAUAGAGAUAUUAAGCCGGAGAAUUUGUUGCUUGAUCAUGAGGGACGUCUGAAAGUUGCGGACUUUGGAUGGUCUGUACAGUCAAAUAAGAAAAGACAUACAAUGUGUGGGACACUAGAUUACUUAGCACCAGAAAUGGUUGAGAACAAAGGUCAUGACUAUUCAGUUGAUACCUGGACUAUGGGUAUUCUCUGUUACGAAUUCCUUUUUGGGGUUCCGCCAUUUGAAGCUGAGACGCAGAAUGAAACAUUUAGAAGGAUAAUGAAGCUUGAGUACAGCUUCCCUCCAACCCCUCAUGUGUCAGUGGAAGCUAAAAAUCUCGUGCGAUUGCUUUUGGUGAAGGAUCCCUCGAAGAGACUUCCACUGUCAAAGAUUUUAGUACAUCCCUGGAUAACUAAGAAUGCAGACCCAUCUGGUGCUUGCAGUGAGUAGAAGAUCUAUAGUAAAUUAUUAACAUAGUCACCAGUGGCUCAUAUAUAUUUUGUACACCAAAAUGAUGUAAUUGUAUUUGCUGAGAUAUAAGGUCUUCUUCUAAAGCUUUAGAAGUUGACACUGUCUUCUUGAAGGGUUCGUCGAAUGUAAGUUGUAUGACUUCUGCAACUGAAAUUAUCUUUGUCUAUUCACAGUAAGAUUUCCAA